AGAGCUUCACAGAGAGAAGAGGAAGAAAGAGAGAGAUCCACACGAUGAGAACAAAAAUGAAGAGGAUUGAUCGAGAGUUCUACAAUUCGGACCCCGGGCCCUCAAAGAAGAAGGGAAGAAGAUCAGCAAGUGAAGAAAAUAAAGAGGAAAAGAUCAAGAAGAAGAGAGUGAGGAGUUUGGUGGAGCAGCGGGUACCAGAUGAGAGCUGCAGGGAGGAGAAAAGGAGAAGGGAGGAGAGUGAUAAAGGACAAGCCGCCACCGUGAGACCACCACCAGCUCAACCUUCCAGGCCUGACCCGCUCAGAGUCUCCAGCUACAGCUUCUUCUCCAUGCUGGGAGAUGGAGCAUUCGGCAAAGUGAUGUUGGCCAAGUUAAAAACCAGGGAGCCAUAUGUGGCUAUAAAAUAUAUUGAGAAGACAAAGAAGACCAAUUACAACUUACUUGUCAGCGAGGCACAAGUUCUCCGGAUCUCCAGAGAGUGCCAGUUCCUUUGCCAAGGCUAUGCUGCUUUUCAAACUCAGGUACAACAUGAGUUCAAUAUUGCCAUUGAGUGCCAUAUAUGCAGGGAUCUGAUUGGCCUGUCAGAGUAACAGAGAUUCUCCCAAUGGUUUCCAGCUAUAACAGUAUGCAAAACAUCAUUCAAGUACUCAUAGUAUUAAUGAGCUGAUGCCAUA